CCCGUGUACGUCCCAGCCCCCGAGGCUUGUGCCCGCGCCUGCUGCUCGGGGGCAAAAAUCUCAGGAGACAAGAAUUGCAAUCUGAUGAUUUUUGAUGCUCGAAGGACAAGCGCACAUCCAAACUGCUACCUGUUUUACUGCCCUAGCACAGAGGCUUGCCCGAUGAAACCUGCGACAGGACUUGUGAGCUACAAGAUAACUAGAGAUACCCAUGCCCCAGAGGAUACAUCCUUCAGAAGUGAGGACUUUUCUUCAAAUGAGUAUUCAUUGUCUUCGGAUGCUGGAGCCUUUAUUUCUCGCAGCCAGACUAGCCAUCAGAAUCAUACUGCUGCUUUGCAACAAACUGUCUUUCAUCACGCACCUGAACUCCCAGACCGCAUGAGCAAACAUUUAGACAACACUGAAUUUCAUACAUUUUUUCCUGAAUAUCAAAGGGCAAAACAUCCUGAGACCUUAGAUCCCAUCCCAAAGCAGAAAGUAAUUGACCUGCCACAAAAUAUGUCUUCUGCUGAUCAAAAUGGAAGACCCUCUGUUUUGUUCCCCAACACUCAGUCUAAUGGUCCUGACCUCAGCAGUACUACUCUGACUCCUCUGCCUACAAGUACCACCCGACUGGAGUAUCGUACAACCCCUCUGCACCCUGGUGGUGCUAACCCUACUACUGUCACCACCACCACCACCACCAGAGCUACCUUUCCACCUACUGUGACUGCCAGAGCUAAACCUGGUAUCCCUGCCAUGAGCACUGCUGUUACUCAGGUUCCUCUUUCUAGUCCCACAACUUCUGCUUGUGCUUCUACAACCAAGCAGGUGACCGCAACUUCAAGAUCUGCUGCUACCUCAUCAGGGCGAAGAACUCCAGCCAUCCCUCCUGAGCCAACAGUUGUCUCUUCCAACAUUACUAGCCAUGUAACCCUCUUCUCUUUUUCAGGUUUCACUCUGUUUGCUAGUGAUUCCCCCAUGUCUUCGCAAAACAAUGUUCAGGGUUAUGACCCAUCUGAUUUAGAAAGCUACCUGCCAGAGAGCCCUCUGAGAGGGAGGAGUGUCGUUCAGCUGGGAGAAAAAAGCAGCCUUGUAGCAGCAUUGCUCUUUGGGGUGAUAUUCUUGGUGCUAGUUAUUGCACUGACUGGGAAGAAAAUACAUGAAUCUUUUCAGAAGAGGCAUUAUACCAGGCUGGAUUACUUGAUCAAUGGAAUGUAUGCUGACGUAUGA